GUCCUCGAUUAUUUCGGAUAAAUACCGUUCCACUGCUGCCAGUUUUCUGUCGAGACUCGCUAUCAGAACAUCCGGCGAUCGGUUUAUCGGCAAGAGUAUCCACGGAAAUAGCUCUUCUUUAAGUUGAGUUCUUCCCUCGAGGUAUACGUGACGAGCUAGCCGUGUAAUCAGCUAGUCAUCUUUUAACCUUCGUGCCAAAGUUAAAACGCUGUUUUUGCGACAUAUCGUUACUGCAUGCGUCAUUAAUUAACUGUCUUAUCUAUGUAUGCGUUAUGCAAGUUGCAUUUAGUGCGACGUGUGAAGAUUGCGAUCGAGCGCGACAACGCCGUCCUUCUCACGAUACCCCCGCUGGAUUCUCGCUAACGAACCGCCAAACUCAUCCGCAGCACUCGUGCGCGAAGAAGCCCCUCUCCUCUCUCUCUUUCUCUCCUAUGGUGUCGAACGUGUCGAAUUUCGUUCACGCGUCGCGGCGAUUUCUGCGACUCAUUUCAUACUUCCUUUGACCGCCGCUCGUCGAGAUCGUCGUCAGUGAAGGGGCCGGCGAUUUUCGAGUCAUCGACGUCGCGUUCGUCGCGCGCGUGCGGCGAACGAACGUUCGAUCGCACACCGAUGCCGGCACGGCGGGCGUGGCCGCCAUGUUGGCGCGUCGCACCUCGAGAUCUCUGCGCGUGGGAAGGAUCGCGGGUUGCAUCGAGGAACAGAGAGAGAUACAACAAUGAAAGCAGAAGCUGAAGAUCUCCUCGGUAUCUUCCGUCAAUAGCGUAUUUAUAAGAUACACGCUUUGCGCGAAUUUCUCAUGCGCUCGUGUGUGUGUGUGUGUCCGUCCGUGCGUCGCCGCAACCACGCACUUCACGCACGCGACGACGGAGCCCGCGCGUUUCUCACAGCGCGGCGUCCGCAAUGCGCAACCACGGGCGCGUUCCGCUUGACGUUCGCGAAUAUCAUUCCAUCCUCGUUCCUCUCGGACGUUAAACGAAGACAGAACUCGCUAAGUGGAACCUGCUUCAUACGCGCGAUCGCGAGCGUCGCGAUCAUCAAUCGUGUGUCGCGUUGUAAUUUAUAUACGUCGAAAGUGCGUAACGACGCGCGUAACCGUACCGGUGACGAGAGGCUGCUGUUCGCUCUAAUUUUCAUACAUGAUUUCGCUUCAUUCUUUCGCGACUCUCGUCGCUCUCCUUGGGGAGAGAGCAAGUGUUUCCGCGCGCUCUCUUCACUUAUCACGAUAACUCGAAUAUCUCUCUCUCUCUCUCUCUCUCUGCUCGCACGAGCGGCUCCUCGUUGAGACGAGAUCAUCGACAGAUUACUAGCGUGAUACACACACACACACACACACAUCGUUCGUAUGCUUACAUUACACCUUGCAAUCUUUUCCUCAGCCCGCGAAAAACAAACGCGGGACUAUACGUAAUUUUUCGUAACUUGAUCGACGAGCGAUCGGACGAAAUUACGCCGCGAGUCAGCGUGUUUUCAAGUAUGCCGCGUGCAAUGGCGGAUCCACCGGUUUCACCAAUACGUACCCGGCCGUAAUCGGCCGGCCAAUCGCCGCGUUUUCUCACAACGACGCCUGCGGACGCGAGACGAUUUAUACGCCGAAAUUCAGCGGCCGUCCACGUCGCAGUGAUCGAUGACGAUUCCAUCUCUCUCUCUCGGGAUACUCUCAAAUUUUCCGACGGCUUGAAAUUUCCGAAAAGGCGAGAAGAGCGCGGCAACGAGGGCACUGCGGGGCGCUGCGUACGCACCUGGCCGGAGGCGACUGUUACGACGCGGCCAUUGAGAGGGACUAUUUCGUCGUCGGCGUGCGUGUCUCGCGGCAGAGCAGCAGCAGCCAGCUCUCUCUCGGUUUAGCUCGGUGAGAGAGGAGAGUCCCCCCCGGUGGUGGUUUAACGCGCGGCGCGAUGUGCCGCGGGGCUGACGUUCACCGUGCAGGCCAGUAAGUGAACGCGCGUAAUCGAUCGGGAUGGAGCUGAACGCGUUCAAGAGCGAGUCCGGAAUCGUGCCAGAGCUGUACUUCCUGAUCGCUAAGUUCCUGGCGGCGAGCCCGUGUCCGGAGGCAGCGGCGGCGCUGAAGCGGGAAUUGGAGCAUGCCAAGGUGUUGCCGUCUCGACUCGACUGGGAGGGCAAUGCGCACAGCCAGACUUUCGAGGAGUUGGAGAGAAAGUAUCCUCACAUCGGACCACAUCAUCUAUUGCAAAUAUGCGCCAGAAUUGGUCCAGUAUUGGAAAAAGAAGUGCCGCCAUGUGUCCCUGGAGCCAUAUCACUUUUGGGAGCUGGCAGACAAUCUUUAUUGCGUACUCACGAAGAUCUUACGCGGCAUACGCGCAGUAUCGUCGAUUAUUCUGGAAGAUUUGGUGGAAAACCCUUCCUAGAACGCCCUGGUAGCUUAUCAGUGCCUAAUAUAGUACGUGUACUUCAGGGACGUGAGAAUUCUGGUCCGUUAAGUCGAAGGGAGGCGAUACCGACCAAGUUCUACAGCAAGAUGCAACUGUACCGGCACACAUUAGGCCAUUUAUCCGCUGUGUAUUGUGUGCUGUUUGACCGCACUGGCAAAUACAUCAUAACCGGAGCGGACGACUUGCUCGUCAAAGUCUGGAGUUCCAUCGAUGGUCGUUUGCUCGCCACUUUUCGAGGCGCGUCUGCGGAAAUCAUGGAUAUUGCGGUAAAUUUCGAUAACACUCUGCUGGCAGCAGGAAGCUUAGAUCGAAUAUUACGUGUUUGGUGUUUCCAGACGAUGUCGCCCGUGGCAGUCUUAUCUGGACAUUCGGGAAUGAUUACGUCCGUCAAUUUUUGCCCAAUAAUAUGUAUUGACGUGUACUAUUUGGUCUCCACUAGUACCGACGGGUCCGUAGCCUUUUGGUCCUACACACAGAAACCAAAUGAAAGAGCAGUUUUUCAAUCAAAGCCCAUUCAGUAUCACGAGAAAAUGCGACCCGGUCAAGCGCAAAUGAUCUGUGCUUCCUUCAGUCCUGGUGGUUCGUUCAUGGCAGCCGGGUCUGCGGAUCAUAACGUGAGGGUGUACGCGAUGAUGGGCGACGAGGGACCACGCAGGGUCCUCGAGAUUGAGGCGCAUUCCGAUACUGUCGACAGUAUUCAAUGGGCGCACACUGGUUUAAAGUUUAUCUCCGGUUCUAAAGAUGGUACCGCUAGCGUGUGGCGUUUCGAGCAACAACAAUGGUCGCACAAACAGUUACUUAUGACAACUAAAUUACCUGGAGAACCGGAGAUCGAUGAUGAUACGAAUAAGAAAGCGAAAGUGACGAUGGUUAGUUGGGACGUGAGCGACGAAUUCGUCAUAACGGCGGUAAAUGAUAGCUCGUUGAAGGUGUGGAACGCGAAAUCGGGCGAAUUGAUAAAGGUGCUGCGUGGACACAAGGACGAGGUUUUCGUGCUGGAGUCUCACCCGAUAGACGGUCGUGUGAUACUCAGCGCCGGCCACGACGGGCAGCUCAUCAUUUGGGACGUAUUGAAUGCGGAACCGAUGGCGUGUUUUCAAAAUUUCAUCGAGGGCCAGGGAAAUGGCGCCGUCUUCGAUGCGAAAUGGUCGCCCGAUGGUACGAUGCUCGCAGCCACGGAUUCUCAUGGGCAUCUUUUGAUGUAUGGAUUUGGAUCCGGCGUUGAGAGACUUAAAAUUAUACCGAAGGAGUUAUUCUUCCAUACUGAUUAUCGGCCCUUGAUAAGAGACGGGAACAAUUAUGUUCUUGAUGAGCAAACGCAGACAGCGCCACAUCUAAUGCCACCGCCGUUUUUGGUCGAUGUCGAUGGAAAUCCUUAUCCACCAGCGUUACAAAGGCUAGUACCGGGAAGAGAGAAUUGCAGAGGCGAGCAAUUAGUACCAAAUAUUGCGGUUGGUGCUGGCGGAGUUCAAGAAGUUAUAGAAGGUCUUCCAGAACAAGAGCCGAGAUCGAACAUUGAUCGACUGAUCGAGGCUCUUGCUCAAAGGCAAAAUAUCGAUGCGGAUGGAGAAGCCGUUGCCGAGGACAGGGACAAUAACGUUGCGGAACAACCGGUUCGCCAGAUAGCCAGUCCUCGUGCCAGCAGACCCGGCCUGAGGAGGGUGGGUGAUGUCGAGGGCGUCAGGCAAAGUAGUGGCAAUUGGCAAAGGGAUAGCACUACACCGUGGAACAAGCCUAUUCUCGCUCGUCCUAUGAACGCAGCUGUUAGAAGGGCUCAGAUCAAACAAAUUCAAGCGAUGUCUAUCAUGGAAUUGGAUAAUUGGCGGCGGGAAAUGCGACGGAGGCCUCAGCCUGUAUCGAGUACCGCUGCUAAUCAAGGCAAUAUAGGAAGUAGGCUGGUAAAUCGCAAGCGCAACAGAACCGCUAGACACGGCUAUAGGACUAGAGCGACUCGCGGUGAGGAGCAAGAGGAUGAGGAAUUCGAGAAUCCUGACAAUGUUGGCACGUCAGGUAGCUCGGCCAGCAGUAACAGCAAUGACUCGACCGCUCAUGAGGAAGAUUUGUGUUCCGAUAGCACAACCACAGAUUCCAGCACUGAAUAUUCAGAUUGGAUUGCGGAUCACGGGCUGAAUCUAGAACCGCCUAAACGUAGCAAACGCAAACCUGUUGUAAAGAAAAGAUCCCUCACACCCCCGAGUGAUACAGACAGAAGACGCAGUAGGCGUCCUAAAAAAAAGGAAAUACCGGUAGUUAAUGGUCGUGAAGUUCCUGAAGCCUACCGACCCUCGGAAUGGCUCACCGAGGUUAUACCAAGGAAAGCCCCUUAUUAUCCACAGAUGGGCGACGAAAUCGUAUAUUUCAGGCAAGGCCACAAGUUGUACCUGGACGCGAUUAGAAAUAAGAAAGUUUACGAACUUAGCAUCCGGUGCGAACCGUGGGCCAAAAUGAGUAUAAGGGCACAAGAAUAUGUCAAGGUUGUGGGCAUUAAGUACGAAAUACGUCCGCCUCGCUUGUGCUGUUUGAAAUUAGCAUUGAUGGACGAGGACGGCCGGAUAACCGGCGAGAACUUUACUAUCAAGUAUCACGAUAUGGCCGAUGUAUUAGAUUUCUUAGUGUUACGUCAGACCUUCGAGACCGCGUUGGCGCGGAGCUGGUCCGAGGGUGAUAAAUUCCGUUGUAUGAUCGACGACGGUUGGUGGAUGGGACAGAUCAUAUCGAUGGAACCGUUGGACGAGGAUUUCCCGGAUUCGUAUUUCAUGUGCUUUCAAGUUAGGUGGGACAACGGCGAGCACGAACAAAUGAGCCCCUGGGAUUUGGAACCCGUUGACGAAGACAGACUUCCCGCGGAAAUUGGCGGCGCGGUUCCCGUUUUGCCGGAGGAGAUACGAGCGAUAUUGUACCAGCCGCACGCCGAAGAAUGGCCAAUGGGUGACAGAGAAGCAACCUGUCGUCGAAUUAUACGAGGUCUCGAUCAAGCGAUGGGUCUUGCGAUUGCGGAGCCGUUUGUCGUACCGGUGGAUCUAAACAUUUACCCGACUUACGCGUACAUCGUUGAGUAUCCGAUCGAUUUGUCGACCAUCAAGGCUCGCUUCGAGAAUCACUUCUACAGAAGAAUCACGUCGGCGCAAUUUGACGUGAGAUAUCUGGCGACAAACGCUGAGAAAUUCAACGAAACCCACAGCACGAUAGUGAAGCACGCGAGAAUAGUCACGGAUCUGUGUCUGCGCAUAAUAAAAAAUAAUCUCUUCAACGCAAACAGGGAAAUCACCGAACUAGAUGUUCCUGCGGUGUAUCAUCAGUUGCUCGAUACAUACCAUUCUUCUGAAUCGGAAGUGGAUGUAGAUGAUUCCAAGAAUAGGCCUUCGACGAGUAAACAGAGAUCGUCCACGUCCAGUAGAAAUUUACGCUCGCAAGACAUCUCGAAAGACUGGAGGUGCGCGUGCCGUCAAUUAUUGGACAGCCUGUGGCUGUGCGAAGAUUCGAUUCCGUUCCGGGAACCAGUCGACAGACUGGAACAUCCGGAUUAUCAUCAAAUCAUCGAUACGCCGAUGGAUCUCCGUACCGUUAAGGAGGAUUUAAUAGGCGGUAAUUAUGAGACGCCAGUAGAGUUUGCCAAAGACAUGAGACUAAUAUUCACGAAUAGUAGAAAUUACAACACCAACAAGCGUUCAAGGAUCUAUUCGAUGACAAUAAGACUGUCGGCCAUGUUCGAGGAGCACAUGCGAAGGAUACUUUCAAAUUGGAAGUCGGCUAGGAGACGUACCAAUAAUGCGAAAGCGAAUACGCGAGGAAAGGGCAAGCAAAAGAAGAAGCACAAUUUAACCAACGGCACAGGACCACCCAAGUCGAAGUCCGCUCGUAGCGACAACGAUGACGACGACGACGAUGACGACGAUGACAUAAAUAGCGAGGAUGACGAGUCGGGUCCGUCCCGGCUGGCGAACGGUGACUCGAAGCGGUCGGCUUCCGGCUCGUCCAGGCCGAUGCUGAAGCUGCGUAUCUCCCGGUCGAGCUUGUCGAGGAAGAAGAAGAACAGUGACAGGAGGAACAAUGACAGUGACGCUAGUGAGUCCGAGGCGUCUGACACCGAUAGCAGUGACAGUGCACCUGUCCGAAGAACUAGAACGAGAACAGCGGUACCUAGUGUGUGUAACCUAGCUAGUGAUUCCGAUUCCGGGGACUACGAUUACACGCCAAGCGGUGUCCGCGGCAAGCGCAAGAAUCGCGGUAAGAACAAUAAGAACAGCAGCAGGUCUGCCAAGUCCUCCGCUAAGGCGAAGGCGAGCGUUAUCGAGGACGAGGACGACGACGUGGACGAGACAAACGAGGACAACGAGGAGGAAGAGGAAGAAGACGACGAGGAGGAGCGUUUCGUCGCGCCCGAGUCCACGGAGGAGAGCGAGGACGAGAAGUUCGUCAGGAGGGACACGAGGUCGCGGAAGUUGGCGACCGGGAACGAGGAGAGUCAGAAGUACGUCACGAACAAUGGCAGAAACAACGACAACAACAGCGAAAGCGAGGACGAGGAGGAGGAAGAGGAGGAAGAAGAAGAAGAAGAAGAGGAGGAGGACGAAGAGGAGGAGGGGGGGCAAUCGCGGCGCGCCAACAAUCAGGAUUCGGACAGCGACGACUCGACGUACAAAGCGUCGUUUAAGCCGACGCCGCGUGGUUCUCGUCGGCGAAGACGACAACGUCACUCCGCGAACUCGUCGUCACGGACGACGAGCGGUGUGCAUCCGCAUACCAGGCGGCGGUGCACGAAACGUCCCCAUUACAACGAGGAGAGCGACGACGAGAGCACCGCGGCGGCGCCCGUGAGAAACCGGCGCAAGAUCAAGCGUCGCUCGUACGCCGAGGACAGCGACGAGGAGAGCCUGCCGACGCCCGAGCCGCAGCCUGGCAUCAGCAUAAGCAGCAGGGGUCGUGUGCGCAAAAUGACGCCGCGCGCUCGCGCUUACCUCCUCGAAUCACCCUAACGGCAUCCCUCCUCGUACUAGUAAAAAGUCCUUUGUACAUAUAUGUAUAUGUGACUCCUUUUGCGGGAGUGGUGGACGCGCCGCACCGGAGAAGAGGGCUCCGGUCUGACGCGUUCUGCUGUUUCCGGGGUUCCCGUCACAGCCGGCCGCUCCCGGUUACGAAGUACUUCCAUUUUUACUAAGCAGUUUGUUCUUCGAAGGAAGUUUUUUUUAUAUGUAUAUAUGUAUGUAUAUAUACAUAUAUAUA